AUGCAGGGCGUUAAGAUAUGCAACGAUUUAUUUUCUCCAAGGAAUUUGAAAUGUGUUACUAUUAACAAUUUUGGGCCGAACAGUGACCACAAGAACUUCAUAAACAGCGUCCAAAACGUUCGCAACACUCUCGGCUCUUUAGAAAGAAGUAUCGGGAAGUCCAAAGAGUAUGAGCAGAAGUUGUUACAAUGUAGAGGGUCCCACUCACAUUCCCACGGAGUCAACGAUUGGUGGGACAGUGAUCACUCAGAGGAGAAGAGUUUCAAGUGUAAUACUACCACUACAAGCAACAGUAAAUCAAGUGAAACCAAUGAAGACUACACAGACACCUGGUCUACCAUGAGUAUAGUGUGCCUGCAGUACCAAUACGAAGAGUUAGCAAAACGCUACCAAAUCCUGGUCCAAGCGUAUGAAGACCAAUGCAACGCUGUCGGGUUGUGCGACAAACGCCUGGACCAAUGGCGAGAACGCGCAACCUCAACGCAGGCGCAUCUCACGCAUGCGCACAAAACACUCAUAGCUGUCGGAGAAAAAUACAUUGCACUCAAGAACAAAUGUAAAGAGAAAAAAAACUGGUACAAAGAGCAGUUAGCAGCCAUGAAGCAGUCUCUUCAUGACAUGAUGGAAGCCACCACUCGAGCGCGAAUGAAGUUCGACGCAAGACUUGAAUACUGCAUGGCCAACGAACACGACGCUGAUGCUGCACUUCUACUUUAUGAAGUAAGUAGGCAAACCAUCCGCAGAUGCAACCUUUUGUUUCUUGAGAAUAUGCGUCUUAAAGCGAUUAUUGAGGAGCUUGUGCCCGGUGCAGUGAAUUGGAAAAAUUAA